AUGGGUGAAAAUGGAACCUAUAAAGCAUUAGGUGAAAUUCAUGCAUUGAAUGAAAAUAUUGCUACAAUAAAUAUGUCAACAUAUUUAAAUUAUGGAAAACCUUGUGAUGUAUGUUUUUAUGAAUAUAUUGAUAAUAUUAUUCCAUUAAUCAAUCAUAAAAAAAUAUUUACUAGUGGUUAUGAUGUGAGAGAAAUGGAAGAUGAUGAACCUGUAGUAAAACCAAAAAAUGUUCUUAAAUGUUCACAUGGUGGAAUUAUUGAUACAACUGAUAAUAUAUCAACUCGUGGUGGAAUUAAUAAAGAUGUGAGGACAAAUAUUUAUUUACCAAGUCGUUAUCGUCAAGAAACAGCAGCAAAUGCUGCUAUUGAAUUGACUUAUUUAUUUCUAAAGAAAUUAUGGCAUUUAACGGAAACAAACCAUAAUAGUACAUCAUAUUUUGGUCGAUUAUUAGAAUCAGUAUAA